AUGCUCCGGAUCGGUAAUGCGCUGCUCGCGUGUCUGCUGUUGGCUGUGGCCUUCAGCGGGCAUGCAGUGGCAGCGAGGGCGAACGACCGAGAUGUAAACAUUGUCUUGCCACCUGGAUCACCGCCAGAUUCUGGACAUGGCGGGCAACCGAAGGACCUAGGGGAGAAGGUGUUUACUCUGAGACACAUCUAUCAUCACGGCACGCACGACUAUCCCAACUUACAUCGUUAUGUCGACAUACCCAAGGAUGCGCAACUGUACAUCAAGGCCGACGAUGGAGAGACGAGGUUACCAACGGAGAAGAAGCUACGGGCUAGGGGGAUGAGCACCAACGUUGAGCGCAUGGUGGACCGAAGUAGAGGGACAGUUGAGGGGCUGUUAGAAUAUGCUGGUGCAUAUGGGCAUGCGAUGUCUCUUCCGUCGUCAGCAUGGACAGUCGAUGAAAUCAGCGGGCCAAACUACACCGACAAGUCAUCGGUCAUCACAUUCGCAAAGAUGGCGAACAACGCGUACACGGAGGAGCCGAACACCGGUGGCUGGGAAGAUGUCAAAGGCGGCUUCAACUACACAGACGAUUUUGGCUGGGAGCAGGAUGGUCUGCGAGGGCACAUCUUCGCAGACGAGACAAACAAGACUAUUGUCAUUGGGCUGAAGGGCACGUCGAUGGCUGUCUUCGAUGGGGCGGAAACAACGGGCAACGACAAAUUGAACGACAACCUCUUCGGGUCAUGCUGUUGCGCGCAAGGCGGACACUGGACGUGGAAGCAGGUCUGCGAUUGCAAAGGCGAUGGCUUCACAUGCAACUCCACUUGUGUGAGACAGGCGCUCAACAAGAAGAGCCAUUACUACUGGGCGGCCAAGGACCUCUACCACAAUGUCACCGAGCGGUAUCCGACUGCCGACGUUUGGUUCUCUGGUCACUCGCUGGGUGGUGUGGUCGGCACACUGAUUGGGUUGACGUUCGGUCUCCCCGUCAUUACGUUCGAAGCGUACCCAGAUGCAUUGGCUGCGUCUCGCCUUGGUCUGCCUACGCCACCUGGCUAUCGCAUCGGAGCCCACCAAGCUCGACCUGACACAGCUACACACCACUUUGGCCAUACAGCCGAUCCGGUCUACAUGGGCAACUGCGGUAGUGCCGGCUCACUCUGUACAAUUGGCGGCUAUGCAUUUGAGAGCUACUGCCAUACUGGCAUGACUUGUACCUACGACACGGUGAAAGACUUUGGCUGGAGGUCGAGCGUUAUGAACCACAAGAUUACCAGCGUCAUUCACGACGUGCUGGAGAAGUACGACACGGUCGCCAAUUGCACAUCGAAUCCUGACUGCCAGGAUUGCUAUGCAUGGAACUUUUUUGAAAGCAACGGGACGGAGACGACGACAAGCGCUAUGAGUACCUCGACGUCGAGGACCAGGACAAGAACGGAAACGUGUUUGACUCCUGGCUGGUUUGGCUGUCUCGAUGAAACGACCACCACGACAAUGUCCACCACUAGCACUUCCUCCAGCUCCAGCUCAAGUACGACACCCGACAACCACCACAACCACCAGCACCGCGACCUCCACAAGCGCUUCCCCCGCGCCUACAAUCACGACUACCUCCAGCCUGCCAACCUCGACGUCAACAUCCAGCUGCAGAACUCCUGGCUUCUUCGGCUGCAACGAUCCUACUUCCACCACACCUACGCCCUCCUCUACGGUUCCAUCCUCAGCACCCGCAUCAACUUCGCACUCGUGUACAUCAAAAGCGUGGUUCGGGCUGAUCUGCCUCGACCCUUCGCCCACCGACAAGAUGACUCCCAGUCCGACUCGACUUCCGACUACGAGACGGAAAUGCGAAGAGAGGAGUUGGCUUGGAUGGUGCAACUCGUGGGACGGUGGAGCAGGAGAAUGGAAGAACGAUCUUUGAGCGACCUCUUGAGUGGUGUUAAGGGAGAGUUAGGAUAUAAGCGCUGGUUCAGAAUGAGUAGCAUGAUCUUUCACGAACCACUCCAUGUUUGUAUACCAUAUCGCCACCCUGGAGCAUUUACUGCAUAA